AUGGAACACUCAAGCCUGCAAAAGUGGCUGGAGUUGGGGGGGCGGGAUGUGUGCCAAAAAUGUUUGGAGGUGGAGUUUGAGAUAUUCCAGCAGAAGGCUUCCAUGGACAUGACAGGAGAUUCCACGGACAAAAAAGACCAUCUCAAAGGCCAAUUGCAGAAAGCUGCCGAGUUGAAAGCAGAUCAAAGUAUCCUUAUACACAUUAAAGAUAAAGACUGUGUGGCCCUGGAAGUCCAGUACCACAAAGGCUGCUACAGCCAGUACACCAGGUUCUUGACGAGGCCUGCCAAAGCUUUAAAAGAACAGAAUGAGCCCAUGUUUGAUAGCAGCUACAGAGUGUUCUGUGAGAGGAUCAUUCGGCAAAGGCUGCUUAUCAACAAAGAGGUGCUAAGAAUGGGCCAGCUGAGGAAGGCCUUCAUUGAUCUGGUUAAAGAAAAUGAAGAUAUUGAUGCCUCAAACUACAGACUGGAUAUGUUGAAGAAGAGGCUGACUUGUGAUUUCCCCCAGCUGGUGUUUCACAUGCCCACCAAGCGCAACAUCUGCGAGCUGGUUUUUGUAGAGAGUCUGUCAAAGGAUACACUAGUGGACAUGCUGCCUCAUCCAUCAGGUGCGGAGACCACACAGUCAAGUGAGUUGAGCCAGACGGACAGCGAGACUGAAAAAGGGCAAACUACCAGGCUGCAAUAA